AAAUUUGUAUAUUCUUUGUUCUUUCCCAUCCUCACCUUCUUUCUCUUUCAUAUAUGAAAUCAUGUUAAGCCUUCAGAGUUAAGACAAAAUCUGCAUUUCAAUGGCUGCAAAACCUCAUUUGAGUUGAAAUCAAGAUAAUGGAAACGGUAGAGCCCAUCUCUCUCUAUUAUAAACCAACAUGGGUUGUUGCAGCCGUCUGUUUUGUCAUUAUUCUUAUAUCUCUUUUCGCUGAAAGAGGCCUUAAUUACCUUGGAAAGUGCCUGACGCAUAGCCAUCAAGAUGCACUAUUUGAAGCUUUACAAAAACUAAAAGCAGAGUUGAUGCUACUGGGAUUCAUUUCUCUUCUAUUAAAUGUCUUUCAAGGUCUAAUAAGCCAAAUCUGCAUUCCGUCUCACUUUGAGUCCACUAUGCUUCCAUGCAAGAAGCACACCGAAAUCAAAGGUCAUGAAAACUAUUCUCCUCCAGCCAUAAACAAUGAACGUCACCUGCUUUCGGAAAAGAGUGGCAGUUUUUCAGAUCAUUGCUCACUUCAGGGGAAGGUCCCGUUAUUAUCAACGGAGUCAUUUCAUGAGCUACACAUUUUAAUCUUUGUAGUGGCAGUUGUUCAUGUAGUAUCCUGUGCUGUUAUAUUGGUUCUUGGAGGAGCAAGGAUACGCCAAUGGAAACCUUGGGAAGAUUCGAUUAAAGUAGCAGCAGGUCCAGCUAAAGUCACUCAUAGGCAUCAUCUCAAUAACGUACUCAAAAAACUUGCAUGGGGAUAUUGGAGAAGGGCAGCCGUCAUAAGCUGGAUUAUUUCAUUUUUCAAACAGUUCUAUAGCUCUGUUACCAUGUCAGAGUACAUAGCACUUCGAGAAGGUUUUAUCAUGACCAAUUGCCUUAGCCAUCAAGAAUUUGAUUUUCACAAGGACAUGGUGGAGUCGCUUGAAAGGGACUUCAGACAUGUGGUUGGCAUAAGCUGGUAUCAGUGGUUAUUUGUGGUAGUGUUUUUGGCAAUGAAUGUGGAAGGAUGGCAUACGUAUUUUUGGCUAUCGUUUCUACCUAUAGUGCUUCUACUUCUUGUUGGAGCCAAGUUAGAGCACAUAAUCGUCCGCUUAGCUCAGGAUGUCGACGUGAUGAAGAAGCAUCCGGGGCAGGAACCAGCGUGGGUGAGACCUUCUGACGAAUACUUCUGGUUUAACCGUCCUCGCCUCCUUCUCGACUUUAUUCACUUUAUCCUAUUCCAAAAUGCCUUUGAGAUUGCAUUCUUCUUCUGGAUCUUGUGGACGUAUGGUUUCCAUUCAUGCAUGAUGGAAAAAAAAGGCUACAUCAUCACUAGACUUAUAAUCGGUGUAAUCGUUCAAGUUCUAUGCAGUUACAUCACACUGCCAUUGUAUGCUCUUGUCACUAAGAUGGGAACUGCUUCCAUGGCGGAGUUGGUGUCGGUGCCGGUGCAGUCACCUGGGAUCAUUUAACCAUAUAUAUAUGAUAACCUUAUAGUUCAACUCUAGAUUGAGACAUGAGAGGCUGAUUUUUUAUUUUAUCCUUGCUGUAAAUGUACAAUCUUUCUUGGAAUAAUCACAUUUGUAAUUUUUGCCAACUGAUGGUGCUGUAAUUAAUAAAAAAAAGAAAUUGCUGGUGGAAA